AUGUCCAACGUUUACAAGGACAAGCUGGCUUCUCUGCCCAAGGAGACGUUCCUGUUCGGGCCCUCCCCCGUCCAGUUCCUGCCCAAGAUGACCUCGGCCCUCGGCGGCAAAGUAAACAUCUACGCCAAGCGUGAGGACUGCAACUCGGGCCUAGCGUACGGCGGGAACAAAGUCCGCAAGCUCGAGUACCUUGUUGCGGACGCCCGCGCCCAGGGUUGCGACACCCUCGUCUCAGUCGGUGGCGUACAAAGCAACCACACCCGUGCAGUCACAGCCACCGCAACGGCAUGCGGAAUGAAGGCCAUAACAAUUCAGGAGAAGUGGGUGCCCAUCGACCCGCCCUUGUAUGCCGAAGUGGGGAAUAUCCUCCUCUCGCGGAUUAUGGGGGGCGACGUACGGCUCAAUAACGAGGAUUUCGGGAUCGAACAUAAGGCGGCAACCCAGGCUGCUGUGCGGGAGAUUGAGGAGAAGGGCGGAAAGCCGUACUAUAUUCCGGCUGGAGCGAGCGAUCAUCCUCUGGGAGGAAUGGGGUUCGUUAAUAUGGUGGUGGAGUUGGCGGAACAGGAGAAGACGAUGGGUGUCUUUUUUGAUACCCUGGUCGUGUGUAGUGUUACUGGAUCUUCGCAUGCGGGAUUGAUUGUGGGGGCGGUGGCGGAGGGCAAGGGGAGGAAGGUUAUCGGUAUCGAUGCGAGUGGAAAGCCGGCCCAGACAAAGGAACAGGUGGCGCGGAUUGCGCGGAACACGGCCAAGACUCUGGAUCCCGAGCUGGAGAUUCCCGACAGCGCUAUCAUCUUGGACGAACGGUUCCAUGCCGGCAUCUAUGGUAUUCCGGACGACACGACGAUGGAGGCCAUCAAAUUCGCGGCGCAGACGGACGCAAUGAUCACCGACCCAGUAUACGAGGGCAAGAGCAUGGCGGGAAUGAUGGCGCUCAUCAAGGAGGGAUCUAUCGCGGCUGGAAGCAAUGUCCUCUACAUCCACCUGGGUGGACAGCCGGCCCUCAACGCGUACAGCUCGUACUUUCCGCACAACUAG